AUGACCGAAGACGCUCUCACUAUGUCCCAAGGAGCCUUUCCCGGCCGAGACUUUACCCAUGGCUCAUCCAUUGCCCCCGCUUUCCCAACUGUUACUGCUGCCAUCCUACAUCAUAUCCUUACAAUACCCGAUGAGGUCGCUGCCAUAGAUCAUUCGGCACGCGGACCUCGCUCGGUAACUUAUGCUGAGCUCGGAAGACGCUCGAUCCAGCUAACUCGACGUCUUCAAAAUGGCGGACUUCGCUCCGGUGACAGGGUGCCACUGGUGGCUAAACGCGGCAUUGAGAUGAUUAUUGGUAUCAUCUCUAUCCUCUGCUGCGGAGCACAGUAUGUCCCUGUCGACGGUAAGGUGGUGGCAAAGGAGACUCUUCGGAGGGUGAUCGAGCAGUCAACGGGCGAUCUGGUACUAUGCCUUGAGUCAACCAGGCGUCGUGUCGAAGACCUCGCUCUUAGUGGUUGCAAGGUAGUCAGUAUUGAUGGCCACGUUGGCGAAGCGCCGAACAUGGAUAUUUGCGCCUUUGCCGAGGAAAGCCUGAGGCUUGUGACUCCACAGAGCGGGUGCUAUGUCAUUUACACAUCAGGCACGACUGGGACUCCAAAGGGAGUUGACGUAACGCACGAGAAUGUCGCAAACCUUGUCUGCUCCUGCCCCGGAAACCUGGGCAUAAGCCAGGGGGUUCGGAUCGACGUUCUCAUUUGCACGCCAUCAAUCUUGUCCAAAUAUCUACCUGAACAAUUCCCUAACCUCAAAACUGUUGCCACUGCCGGCGAACCGAUCUCAAUACAACUCGCGGACCGAUGGGCUUCGCACUUGAGGUACUACAACUGCUGCGGUCCAACCGAGACCACAAUUGUCAACACAAUGCAAAGGCAUAUAGCGGGACAACGUCUUUCCAUUGGAAAGCCCACACCUAACAAUCGAGUAUAUAUUCUCGAUGACCAGAAGGCUCAAUUGCCAAUCGAGAGGCCGGGGAUCAUCUGGGCUGGCGGGAAAGGCAUAUCUCGAGGAUAUGUCGGACAACCAGAACUUACUGCUGAGAAAUACCUACCGGACAUGUUCGCCAAUGACGGAACAAUGAUUUAUAACACCGGCGACGUCGGCAUGUGGAAGCCGGAUGGAACGAUAGAAAUUCUUGGUCGAUGUGAUGACCAGGUGAAAGUCAAGGGAUUUCGAGUAGAACUAGACGGCAUUGCGUCCUGUCUUUGCGCUGCUCCUCAAAUUACCAAAGCAGUUGUGAUCUUGGUUGAAGGAGAGCUUCACGCGUUCAUUCAACCCAAAGGCUGCCACGUGCCGACGAUUCAGGAAAGCGUCAAGUCGAGCCUGCCAUAUUAUGCACGGCCUUCCCACUACCAUGUGCUUGAGUCCUUCCCAUUGACUCCGAAUGGGAAGGCGGAUAAAAAAUCUUUGAGGCAGCUCAUUCAGGAUGGCGACGACUCGGAUGAGACGACAUCUGCAUCUAACUUCUCAUCCACACAAUCUACUCGCGAUUCCCGCACCUCGGAGUGUGCGACAUCAGUAUCAAUGACUACCUCUGUGACAGAAGACAAGACCACACUUGACGGCCCAGUGCCAGACAAGGAUCUUCCGCAGCCACUCAGAGGCUUAGUGUAUCGACUAUUGAUACCUUAUCGCUUCCUCUUUUCUACCGUUUGGAUCGCCAACGUGGUAGCGCUUAUUCUGGUAUACACCUAUGACUACAGUCGCGAGUGGAUUGGGAAUAUGGUCGCCAUCAAUUUGGUGAUUGCGAUUCUUAUCCGGCAGGAUUUUGUCAUCAAUGCGCUCUACACGGUAUGCUGCUCAGUGCCUAAGAAUUGGCCUCUCUGGAUUCGCGCUUCGUGUGCAAAGAUCUAUCACCUGGGCGGAGUCCAUGCGAGCGCAGCUUCCUGCGCAAGCUUGUGGCUCCUCGCAGCCAACAUUAACGACGUAGUCUGCUUGUCUACUUCCAAGUGCUCAGACUAUCCUCGUCAUUCGCCCGCCUUCAUUGUCCUAUCUUGGACUCUUACCGCGUUGUUCUUCACCAUGAUAGGAUUCGCGUACCCGCCGUUUAGGAAGACGCAUCACGACUUUUUCGAGAGGUGGCAUCGGUUUGUGGGCUGGACCAUGCUCUUCCUCUUUUGGGCCCAAACUUUCGUGGGUAUUCAUGAUACUGCCAAGGAAAACGCCGUCUCAUUCGGAAAGGCCCUCCUUGGUACUGUGCCGUUUUGGUUACUGUGGGUGGCGACGGCAAGCAUUGCGCUCUCAUGGUUCUGGCUGCGCCGAGUGCCCGUUGUCUCUGAGGUACUCUCGGAUCAUGCUGUCCGCCUACACUUUGACUAUUCAGUACCGGUAAACGGGAGCUUUACAAGAAUAUCUUCCCGGCCACUCCUCGAAUGGCACUCGUUCGCGACCAUCCCAGCACCGAAGCCACAUGGGCCGCCCCACGACCCACAGCAGUUCCCAGCUGGUCAUUCCCUCAUGGUUUCCAACGCUGGAGACUGGACGAGCUAUUGCAUCAGAAACCCACCCACGCACUUGUGGGUCAGAGGAAUCCCAACAUGCGGCGUCAUGCGCAUCGCCACACUCUUCAACCGCAUCGUGGUUGUUGCUACCGGCUCCGGGAUUGGUCCUUGUCUGGGACAUAUUCAGGAGCCAAGCUGCCCUACCCAAGUGCUUUGGAGCACCCGCGACCCAGAACGGAACUUCGGCUUACCUCUCCUUGAGACCCUCCGAACAAAAGCUCCGGGUGCUACAAUUUGGGACACCGCCAAACUAGGCAGGCCUGAUAUGGUUCGGCUUGCUUAUAACAUGGCCAAAAGCUUCAAUGCUGAGGCUGUGGUUGUUAUUGCAAAUGAAAAAAUCACGAAGAAGAUAGUCUAUGGCUUAGAGACAAGAGGCAUCCCCGCGUAUGGCGCCAUCUGGGACAGCUGA